GAAUUGCUUGUGAGGGCCUCGAUCGCGUUCCCAGGUCGUAACCUGGGUUGGAAAGCUGGUUGGAAAGAGCUGUGGAUUGGUCAACCGCGCUGUGCCUCUCUACUGAACAUCCUAAACACAAGCAGUGUGAUGCCAUAUAGUGCAUAUGCACCUGACUUAUGUCAAGCAACCAACUAAAGCCUCACAGCAAAUUCCUGCAAUGGAUGGGCCCAGACGUCAAGCUGCACCCUCAGCGAGCAGUCUGCCAAGCAAUGUCGAGAUGUAUUCCAGCAUGUUAAGCAGUGCAAAUGUGGAGCUUGUACUCGAUGGAGGCCAGAAGCGCCUUCGGGUUCACUCAGCCAUCUUGGAGCUCACGAGUGACGUCUUCCGGCGUAUGCUAAGCGAGGAGUCCUGCGUCCUGGGCGAGCAGUCGGGCGAGACGAUCCGCCACCCCCAGCAACUGCAGCUCGAUGAUGACUCCCGGGACUGGGAGGUGGUGCUGCCGCUGCUCUACCCCCGCAUGAGCCCCCCGCGCCUAGACUGGACGGAGUUGCGGCGUGUGGUGGCAAUCACUAAGAAGUACGAGAUCCGCCUGCUGCGUCACGCGUGUGAGCGCUUCCUGGAGGAGGCGCAGCUGUCGGCCCACAGCGCAGACCCCAACUACGUCCUCACCUGGCUGCUGGUCAGCGAGCAGCUGGAGCUGGGGGCGCUGUUUUCCAAGUGCCUGCAAUUCCUUGACUCGCACCUGGCGCCGCGUGCUCCAGGCUUCUGCGACUACUGCAGCACCCGCAGCCGCAGUGCAUCAGCCGGCAGCGGCGCUGGCAGCAGCAGCAAUGGCGACCCAAACUCCCGCAUCGGCUGCACCUGCGCCUGCGCUGUAUGUGGCGGGAGCACCCUCCGCCGCGACUGCCGCUGCGGCCGCGACGUCGAGUCCAUGCUGCCGGCGGGCAGCGGCUCAUCCUCCACCGGCGGCCACGGCGCCGCAUUUGGCCAUGGCUCCACCACCGCUGCAACCUACAUCGGCCCUACUGCUGGCGGUAGCGGCAGUGGCAGCGGCAGUGGACGCAACUAUCCCGGCAUGCCGGCACCUCUGGCCGCCGCCUAUGAAGCGACGGCGCGCAGCCGAUACGCCGCGGCGCCUGGCCCUGCCGCUGCCAGCGGCGCCCGCCGGGACCUGCAGCUCCUGUACCGCCGUGAUGGCGCCGCCGCGCCCACGGCCGCGCCUGCGGCUGCGCUCCGUAUCCAGGUGCACGCCCCCACCGCGGCGGCCCUGGUACAGCGCUACGCGUCGCCCAUGCCCACCCGCGUGCACAUCUCCGUGCGCAGCAACGGAAGCGGCGGCAGUGCCUCCAGCACGGGACGUGGCGUGCUGACUUCGCCAAUCUCUGGUGGCAGCGCUGCGCACGCGAGGCCGCUUGUGCCGCCGCCGGCACCGGUGCUGCCGCGGGUGGUGGAGCUCGUGAGGGGUGACCGCAAGCACCUUGUAAAGCUGUCGGUGCCGACGCUGGUGGAGCUGCUGGGCAUGCUGUAGAAGGUGUUGUUGUGUGUGGUGCUGUCAUGAUACUGGAGACUUUUGUGUGGUGUGGUCUGAGCUGUGCAAGCGGUUUGAUAGGGUGGCUGAAAAUCCUGAGUAAUCAAGUCCUUGCUGGUUGACCGUCGUGUUGUGCCGACGAUGCACUUGGGAUGCACAGGCGCUGAGACGCACAGAAACGGGCACGCACGCCGGCAGAAGCGCCAGCACAAGGCGUAGAUCCUUAUGUUACAGUGCCCUCCACGGUUGCAACAUGCCCCCA